AGCCCCGGGGCAGCGGCGCGCCGGGGCCAUGCCAUGCCCGUAGGGAGAGAUGCCUUUGGGAAAUGGAGACACUGGAUCACAGCGCAAACAUGGCGCCCCCGCGGCGCGGCUGCCGCUGCCGGGCUGGUGCCUGCUCUGCUCGCUGCUGUGCGGGGGCAUCGCGGCCGGCCCGGACCCCGCCUGCCGGCCCUGCGCCCCCGGCUGUGCCUGCGCCGCGCCCGCCUGCGCCGUCAACUGCUCGGCCCGCGGCGUGGAGCGCCCGGGGCCCGCCGUGCCCGCCGCCGCCACCGCGCUGGAUCUUUCCAACAACAAGAUCAGUGGUUUAGAUGUUCAGCUGUUCAGAAGCCUGACUUCGCUGGCAAAGCUAGAUAUAAGCCACAACCAGAUUUCUACAUUAGAAGAUGGAAUAUUUGAUAAUUUAUUUAAUUUAAGUGAAAUAAACUUAAGUUGGAAUCCAUUUGUUUGUGACUGCAAACUGUCCUGGUUGCCCCGCUGGGUAGAAGACAGAAAUGUGAGAGUUCUCGAGGCGUCAGACACGAGAUGUGCCCACCCCCCCGAGGUGGCAAACCUGUCCCUCUUCGACGUCCCGUUCCCCAAUGCCACUUGUGGAGCUCAGUAUAUCACGUGUCUGACAAACAACCACACGGAAGGCGCUGAGCUUGUCGUGCUCUUCACGUCUGUCCAUGCCGGGAACCUCAGCGAGGAGACCUGCAGCGCCCUGUGCUACGCCCAAGACCAGGAAUAUGGAGGUUUCAGCUCCCUGGGGCAAUGUCUGUGUGGAACUGCCCAUGAAACAAACUCUUCCUCUGGCUGUUUGCCAUUUUGCACUGAGCAUUUGUCCGGGCAGGGCUGUGGUGGCCCGUCACUCGUCCCCUCGCCCUUCCAGGCCCAGCUACCUGUGUCUUUCACAGGACUCCAGCCCCGCUACAGCCUGCACCAGGCCGUGCUCUUCAAUGUCAGUAUUCCCAUCGCUGUCAGCACUUUACUGUGGGAAUUUGGGGACCAGACAGAGGUUCUCAACACCACUGGAAACGCAGCUGUGCACACGUAUGCCUUACCCGGGCGGUACAACGUCACCGCCACCAUCCUGGUGGGCACCAAGGUCUUGUACGAGCAGGCAGAAGUUGAGGUGGUGGCUUCACCCCAACAGCUGGAACUGCAGUGUCCUUCCUUGGUCAAGACGAACGAGAGUCUGGACAUCCGGAUCCGCAACAGAGGCGGCACCGGCCUCGUGGUGCUGUACGGGAUCACCCAGGCCGGAGAGCCGGGCAGGGCAGUUCACCCCAUGUGCCCCCCCGAUGGCUUGGUGUUCCCGGGCAAUAACCACUGCUACCAGCUGGUGGUGGAGAAGGCGGAGUGGCUGGAGGCCCAGCGGCACUGCCAGGAGCACGGCAAGGGAGAGCUGGCCUUUGUCAGCAGCCCCGAGAUCCAGAGCUUCCUGGUUGCUCAUGUCAUCAGGAGCCUCGAUGUCUGGAUUGGAUUCAAUGAUUUUGCAAGCUCUGGAGCGCAGCAAAGAGGGGAAGGAUUUAAUCUGGAGAGCUGUCAGAACUGGCUGCCAGGAGAACCCCAUCCCUCCAACGCUGACCACUGCGUGCGGAUGGGCCCGACGGGCCAGUGCAACACCGACCUGUGCAUGGCCAAGCACAGCUACGUCUGCGAGUACAAGCCUAAAGGAGUUCUCCUAAAUGCCGAAAACUUCUUUGAGGGCGACGCCGUGUUUGACUCACCCGAGGCCGUGAGGAACGUGACUGGAGCUGUGCUGUCAGAUCCAUGGCAGGCUGAGGAGGUGAUGGAGUUCCCUGAGCUGGCAUUCAGGCACGAGGGGUAUCUGACUGCCCUGGAGUUUGUGACACAGGAUCUGCAUCAGCCCGUCCAAGUGAGGUUCCAGGUGCACAGACCGAUGGAUGGCGAAGACUACCAGGAGGGAAACAAUGCUACAGAACCGUUCCACCCUGCUCAGGAUGACGGGAACUGGACGCUGCUGGAAUGUCCUCCUGGUUUCCAGUGGUGUCAUUUGACUGAUCUGUGCUCGUCCCACAACAACUGCUGCAACGCCACCGAGUGUGCCAGCAAUGGUUCCUCUGCCAGCAGCCCUGUCCCUGGGUCCCUGCAGCCCAACCACAGCCAGCUCAGCUAUGAACUCACCAAGGAAUUUCUCUUUACAAUACCAGCUGGCCCCUCUUCCCAGUAUCAGGUCUCAUUCAGAGAAGAAAAUAUCUUUGUCAGGGCUGGGGAUGUCUUCAGCAUCCAGCACAAUGCAGUCUCGGGCUCCUUCCUGCAGUGCCAGCCCAGUGCCACAUCCCCGUCCAGAACCAGCGUCCUCCGUGCGAACUCCUCCGCGUGGGCGCUGGGCCUGCCCGAGGGCUCCGUGGAUCCCCCCUGGGUGAACGGCUCCGUGUGCUCCCUGCGUGUCCGCUAUGCCGAGGAGCAGCUGGUGCCGCUGCUCAGCCCCCACAAUGCGGGGCUGGACCAUCCCGGCCUCUACUCGGUCAGAGCCAGCGUGGACAGCGGGGUCUUCAGCGCCAACCUGUCCUGCAGCUUCUGGGUGGCCUCACGGGUGUCGGGCCUGCGCGUCAUCCACCCCGCUCCCCAGGGCAGCAGGGUCUACCUGCCCACCAACCACACCACCCUGGUGCUCAAACUGUCCUCGGGGGCGAACGCCACGGCCACCUGGCUGGGGGACAACCGCACCGUGCCCUUCACGGGGGCCUGCCCAGCGGCCGUGGCAGCGCUCACGGCGCAGUGUGCCAGGGAGAACAACGACACCUGGUUUGCUGUGGUGCAGCUGAGCGGCCUCAGGGAGGGGCUCAGCACCCACGUGCUGGUGGCGGAGAACGCCGUGAGCUCCCAGAACAUCACGGUCACGGUGAAGGUGGAGGAGCCGAUCCGCGGGCUGAGGGCCACCCCGGACCCCGAGAGCAGGGUCCUGCUGAACACACGGGUGAGCUACAUCCCUGUGAUGGAGGCUGGGUCAGAUGUGACUUUCCGAUGGACAGUAGAUGAUAAGCCAUCUUUCACUUUUUACAAUGUUGUCUUCAACGUUAUCUACCAAAGCCCAGCCGUGUACAAGCUUUCGCUCACCGCCUCCAACCACGUCAGUAACUUCACGGUCAAUUACAAUGUCACGGUGGAGAUGAUGAACAAGAUGAAGAACCUGACGGUGCUGGGUGUCCUGCCCGUCCUGCCCCAGAACAGCACGGUGGAGCUCACAGCGAGGGUUCACGUUGAUUCGGCUGUGGAGGCUCUGUUCCUGUGGGAUUUUGGAGAUGGUGUCCAGGAGACACACCUGUUCAAACCUCCCUAUAACAAGUCUUUCCUUGUUCCUGAUCCCAAUGUCCAUGAGGUUGUCAUUGAGCACAACGUUUCACACAUCUACCAAGACCCAGGAGAAUAUGCCCUGAUGGUUGUCGUGUCCAACCAGUUCGAGAACCUCACGCACUUGACCCCAGUUCACGUCCACAGCUACCUGGUCGAUGUGAAGGUGGAAGCAGAAGAGGAAGUUUUAGUCGUGAGGCGCCUGGUGACCUUCCGAGCCCGUGCGCUGCCGUCCCCCUAUGGCGUUGUGUACACCUGGGACUUUGGGGACAGAUCCCUGCUCACAGAGAUCCAGCCUACAGUGACCUACAGCUACGCCCAGAGAGGGGUGUACAACGUCACCGUGACAGCCAACAACACCGUGAGCAGCGUGGAGACGGUGGAGUGCUACCAGGUGUUCGAAGAGAUCACUGGGCUCCGAGUUUCCGCGGGCGAGGCGGCAGAGCUGGGAGCGUCUGUCACCGUCAACGCCUCCGUGCAGACCGGGGACAGCAUCACCUGGGUGUUCGACCUGGGGGACGGCACGGUGCUGAGGACUCAGGAGCCAGUGGUAGAACACGUGUACAUAAAGGACAUCAACUGCACUGUGAACGUGACGGCUGUGAAUCCUGUGAACUCCGUCUCCCAGACCGUUCCUGUUCGGAUAUUUGUCCUGGAGGUGCUCAAAAUAGAACCAACCUCGUGCAUCCCAGAGCACCCGGACGUGCAGCUCACUGCGUACGACGGGAAUCCCGAGGAGUACAUCUUCGACUGGACUUUUGGAGACGGCUCAUCCAAUGUCACAGUCAGUGGGGACCCUGGAGUGACGCACAACUUCACCCGGAGCGGGACCUUCCUGCUGUCCCUGACUCUCUCCAGCAGGUUUAACAAGGCUCACUAUUUCACCAGCGUGUGCGUGGAGCCGGAGAUAGUCAACGUCACCCUUCUCCCUUCCAAGCAGUUCGUGAGGCUUGGGGAAGAGAGCACCUUCCAGGUCAGUGCCGUGCCCCCCUACCAGUACCGCUACCGCUGGGAUUUCGGCAACAACGAGUCCGCCAGGUCAAGUGGGACUGAGGUGACCUACACCUACAAGAACACUGGGGUCUUCCUGGUCACAGUGACCGUCUCCAACAACGUCUCUUUCAACAAUGACACAGCAUUUGUGGAAGUCCAGGAACCAGUUGGGGUAGCCAAGAUUGAAUAUAAUGGGACAAAUGUUUUGGAGCUGAACCAGAUCUACCUGUUCUCUGCCAGCAUGAAUGGAACCAAAGUGAGUUACUGCUGGGACUUUGGAGAUGGCACUACCCAGCCUGGGCAAGUCGCCACCCACUCCUACAACAGCACGGGCCACUACAGCAUUACUGUGAUGGGCCAGAACGACGUGAGCUCCAAUGAGACCACCAUCGACGUCACCGUGAAACGUCGGCUCUUUGGCCUGACCAUCAAUGCCAGCAGGACAGUGGUGCCACUGAAUGGGUCGGUGAGUUUUGUAGCCACCCUUGUGGCUGGCACUGCCAUCCGCUACUCGUGGAUCCUCUGCGAUCGGUGCACCCCUAUCCAAGGCUCCUCCACAAUUUCCUACACUUUCCGGUCCGUGGGCACGUUCAACGUCAUUGUGACAGCAGAGAACAAGAUCAGCUCGUUGCAGGACAGCAUCUACGUCUACGUCCUGGAGCAGAUUGAGGGCCUGCAGGUGGCCAGCGGUGACCUGGUGGAGGACAUGUAUUUCCCAACAAACAAAACACUCCAUUUGCAGGCCGUGGUGAGAGAGGGAACAAACAUCUCCUACAGCUGGGUAGUGCACCGGGAUGGCAAUGCUGUACAGAGCUCCACUGGGAAAACCUUCUCCUUCAGCGUCCCUGAAGCUGGGAACUACACUGUCUACCUGAAGGCCACCAAUAUGCUGGGAUGUGCCACUGUUAACAGGACACUGGAGUUUGUUGAAAGCCUUGGUCUCCUAAAGCCCUAUGCCUUCCCCAACCCAGCUGCCAUUAAUGCCUCUGUUAACAUAAGUGCCACCAUAACCAGUGGCACUGGCAUCACGUACGUGUGGUACCUCGAGGAUGGCUCCUCUCCUGUUACUUCUGAACCCUUCAUUAUACACUCCUUCCAAAGCCCUGGGGUGAUUGAUGUCGUCGUUGGAGCAGAAAACAAGCUGAAUUCAACCAAUUCAACAAUUUCUAUCUGUGUAGAGGAGGUUAUAGAGGGGCUGAGUAUAGGGACAGCAGAGCUGGACUGUAGGUACGUCUCAUCAGGCUCCACGGUGGUCUUUGAGGGGGAGCUGCAGAAAGGGACUGAGGUGACCUGGCUUUGGGAGGUGCCCAAUGGCACCUUGAGUGGCCAGUCUGUGGCAGUCACGUUCCCCACAGCAGGGCUUUACACAGUCCAUCUGAACGCGUCCAACGACAUCAGCUGGGCUCUGGCCAGCAGGAAUAUCUCAGUGCUGGACAGGAUCCAAGGCCUGGAAGUUCUCGCCAGCAAGAAGGUGGUGGAGCCAGGGGAACAGGUCACCUUUGUGAUCAGGAUGUUGUCAGGUACCUCUGUGAGUUACCUGGUGAGCAUAAGUGGGGACUACUCUGUGGUGCUCAACGGGUCCCGGUACACCCACGAGUUCACCAAGAGCGGCGAUUAUUUGGUGACUGUGACCGUGCAGAACCAGAUCAGCAUCGCCCACGCCCAGGUGCUCAUCUCUGUCCUGGAGGCCAUCCGGGAUGUCAGGCUCCUGAACUGCUGCGAGGAGGGCAUCCCCACGGGCACGGAGAAGAGCUUCAGUGCCUGUGUGGGGAGCGGCUCCCGUGUGUCCUUCUCCUGGCGCUUCUCCCUGUGGAAAGAGCAAGGUCGAUCCGUGGUCACUGUGUCAGGAGAGAGUGUCUCCUACACUCCAGACGCUGCAGGGCUGCUUGAGAUUCACCUCAGUGCCUUCAAUGACUUGGGAAGUGUCAAUAUCACCAGAGCAAUCCAGGUCCAAGACCCGAUAGUGCAGGUCUCCCUCUCUGCCUCCAAUGCCUUUGUCAACAGGACGGCACUGUUUGAAGCCACGGUGGUGCCCAGCAGCAGGAGCGUUGAGUUCUUGUGGAGCUUUGGGGAUGGUUCUUCCACUCAAACAACCAGGGUUGCAGUGGCCAACUAUUCCUACCUGAGCCCCGGGGAUUACCUGGUGGAGGUGAAUGCCACCAAUCUCAUCAGCUUCUUCAUAGCCCAGCUCACCGUCACCGUCAGAGUCCUGGAGUGCGAGGAGCCGGAGGUGGAGCUGGCCUUGCCCCCCCAGGUAGUCAUGAAGCGAUCCCAGAGGAACUACCUGGAGGCACAGAUUGACCUCCGGGGGUGCAUCAAGUACCAGACAGAGCACCUGUGGGAGAUCUACCGAGCACCCAGCUGCAUGGACCUGGACGACUCCAGCAGGAUCCGGCUGCCCAACGUUGACGUGAACAGGCCCCAGCUGGUUAUCCCGAAGCUCGCCCUGGAAGUUGGGAACUAUUGCUUCAUGUUUAUUGUCUCCUUUGGAGACACCCCGCUGUCCAAAAGCAUCUUUGCCAAUGUGACUGUGAUCCCGAGCAAGCUGGUCCCAAUCAUCGAUGGGGGGUCGUACCGUGUAUGGUCCAACACUCAGGACUUAAUCUUGGACGGGGAGAAGUCCUACGACCCGAACCUGGAUGAUGGUGAACAGACUCCGCUGUGGUACGAGUGGUCCUGUACGUACUCCUCCAAGAGCUCGGCUGCAGGGUGCUCUCUGAAUUUCAGUGCCAGUGAAGGAAUUGUCACAAUUCCCAAAGCUGAAUUAGAAGCAGAUGUGGAGUACACGUUCGACCUCACCGUCAGGAAGGGGGGGAUGAGUCCCGAGGCAACCAACCAAACCGUGUUCAUCAAGAGGGGAGGAGUCCCUAUUGUGUCCCUGGAGUGUGUUUCCUGCAAGGCUCAGUCUGUCUACGAAGUCAGCAAGAGCUCCUAUGUCUACCUGGAGGGAACCUGCCAGAACUGUCACAACGACUCCAAGCUUGGGAGGUGGGCAGCACACAGCUUUAAGAACAAGUCUCUCAUCCUGGACAAAACAACAACCUCCACUGGGGACACGGGGAUGAACCUGGUGCUGAGGCCAGGGGCGCUGAAGGAUGGCGAGGGCUACACCUUCACCCUGCACAUCACAGACCUCACCACGGGGGAGGAGGGCUUCGCCUCCAUCGACCUGCUCCCCAACCAGCCCCCCGUGGGGGGAAGGUGCUCCCUGUCUCCCGAAGGACCCCUCAGGGCGCUCAUGACGAAGGUGCACUUUGAGUGUGCAGGCUGGCGGGACACGGAGGACGCGGAGGGCCCGCUGGUGUACAUCCUGCUGGCCUCGCGCCGCCGCCGCGGCCACUUCCACGAGUUCUGCCUCUACAAGGGCAGCCGAGCCGAGCACGGCGCCUUCCUGCCCCCCGGCUUCCACGAGAGCGGCUUCCAGGUGUCCGUGUCCGUUCUGGUGCAGGACCAGCUGGGAGCCACCGUGGUGGCCGUGAACAGCUCCAUGGAAAUUGGCUUACCCGAGGGCUUUCCCAGCCUUUCCCACUGGCUCUACAACCAAACUGACACUGUGCUCCAGGGAUUGGUGAAACAAGGGGACCCUCAGCAGGUCAUUGAGUACUCCCUGGCCCUCAUCACCAUCUUAAAUGAGUACGAGCGAUCCAUGCUUCUGGAACCCGAGGCUGGGAAUGAAUUUGAGCUCCGGACCUGGACUCGCAACAACAUCACAGAGACGCUGAACUCCCUGAAGGUGAACACUGUUGAUGACAUCCAGCAGAUCUCGGCGGCCCUGGCGCAGUGCACGGUGGUGAGCAAGGAACUGGUGUGCAAGUCAUGCCUGACGAGGACCUUGAACAAGCUGGAGACCAUGAUGACCAUUCUGCAGGGGGAAACGACCCCGGGCACCGUGACACCCACUGGCAUCGCUGACAACAUCCUCAACAUCACAGGUGACCUAAUCCACCUUGUCAAUACAGUUUCACAAGAAUCCAAGCCCCAGGAGCUGCUUGCUGAUUCCCACAACUUGCUGCUGGCUCCCAAAGCCUACAACCUGUCUUCCAGCCUGAUGCGCAUCCUCAUGAAGUCCCGAGUGCUGAAUGAAGAGCCCCUUGAGCUGGUGGGAGGAGAAAUUAAGGCCACAGGCAAGAGGUCUGACCCCUUCAACUUGCUUUGCUACGAAAACACGCCAAACUGCCAGUUCUCCAUCCCCCAGGCCUUCAACUCCACCCUUUCCAACCUGACGGAUGUCAUUCAAGUCAUGUUCCAGGUGGACUCCAAUCCUUUCCCCUUUGGUUACAUCAGCAACUACACUGUGUCCACAAAGGUGGCCUCCAUGGAGUUCCAGACACACAACGGGGUGCAGAUCCCCAUCGGGAGCCUGGACUCGGAGAAAGCCAUCACUGUGAUGGUGUCAAACAGCACAGAUCCCGACAACCUCGCUGUUGGCACUGAAGUCAUCGAGCCAAGAACCUCUGUCAGCCUGAUUGUGGACAUGGAGAGCAACAACAGAGAAGCAGGACUGCACUUCCAGCUCACCUACAGAGUCCUCAAUGAUCACUACCUUGCCAGCGAGCCCGAGCCGUUCAUCAUGGCCUAUCUCCAUCACGAGCCUGAGCCCAACGAGCACAACUGCACUGCCUCCAAGAAAAUCGGCCUGGAUGCCCUGGCUGGAAGUGACCACAAGCUCUACACCUUCUUCACCUCACCCAGAACGGAUGAUCCCAUCCAGAGAUACUACCUGAACAUCACCAACCACUUCAGCUGGUCUGCAGUGGAGGUGACGCUGGGGCUCUACACGUCCCUGUGCCAGUACUUCAGCGAGCGGGAGAAGCGCUGGAAAACAGAAGGAAUUGUCCCCCUGGAGGAGACCAGGCCAGACCAGGCCGUGUGCUUAACCCAGCACCUCACUGCCUUUGGGGCCAGCCUGUUUGUGCCCCCAAACUCUGUCCAGUUCAUCUUCCCUGCCCCAGGCCCAGGUCUGAACUACAUCGUCCUGCUGACCUGUGCCGUGUGCUUUGUGACCUACUCGGUGGCUGCGCUGAUCGUGCACAAGCUGGACAUGAUCGACCUGCACCGGGUGGGAGUGAUUCCCUUCUGCGGGAAGAACGGGAUGUACAAAUACGAGAUCCUGGUGAAGACGGGCUGGGGCAGAGGAUCAGGUACCACAGCCCACGUGGGGAUCGCCCUGUACGGGGUGGACAACAAAAGUGGUCACAGGCACCUGGAUGGAGACAACGCCUUCCACCGCAACAGCCUGGACGUGUUCCAGAUCGCCACGGAGCGCAGCCUCGGCAGCAUCUGGCGCAUCCGCAUCUGGCACGACAACAAAGGACUCAGCCCCUCCUGGUACCUGCAGCACGUCAUCGUGCGGGACCUGCAGAGCAGCAAGAGCUACUUCUUCCUGGUGAACGACUGGCUGUCGGUGGAGAGCGAGGACAACGAUGGCAUGGUGGAGAAGGAGGUGUUUGCUGCCAGCGAGACGGAGCUGAGGAGCUUCUCGCGGAUCUUCGUGGCGGAGCUGCAGCGAGGCUUCUUCGAGAAGCACGUGUGGCUGUCACUGUGGGACCGCCCGCCCCGCAGCCGCUUCACCCGUGUCCAGAGAGCCACCUGCUGCUCCCUGCUCGUCUUCCUCUUCCUCUGUGCCAACGCCGUGUGGUACGGCGUGGUGGGCAACGUCCACCUCAGCAACGUGGCCGUUUCCAACCUGAUCCCUGUGAAUGUGGACACGGUGGCUGUUGGCCUGGUGUCCAGCGUGGUGGUUUAUCCCCUCUACCUGGUCAUUUUAUUUCUCUUCCGGAUGGCUCGUGGCAAGGUCUCCAUCAGCCACACAGUGACUCACUCAGACCAGCAAUCCUUGGAGAUUGACAACUACCUGGACUCCUCAAUCCUCGACAGCUCCUUCCCCACCUUCCCCGGGCUCCAGGCAGAGGCCUUCUCUGAGCAAACCAAAACAGAUCUGUUCUUGGAGGACUCCAAAAGCCUGGUGCGGUGGCCCUCCAGUGAGGCCCUGCUCAGCUGGCCAGACCUCCUCAGUGACCCCUCCAUCAUGGGCAACACCAUCCAGAAGCUGAAGAGAGGCCAGGCCAGCCGCCACCUCGGGCUCGAGGCCCCGCUGGCCACCGAGGAGGACAGUUUGUCCCUUGGCAUUCACCAGGGACAGCCUCGGUACUUCUCUGCCUCAGACGAGGAUCUGAUCCGGCAGAUCCUGGCAGAUGGAGCCAGCGGCAUCUCCCACUCCCAGGACCUGGGACCAUACAUGAGAGCUGAAACAGAUCUGAUCUCAGGCCUGUCCAGCGUGUUCGGGGAGAAGGUGGAGACUGUCAUGAUGCAGAAGCUGAACGACAAAGGGCAGAGCGUGGCAGCUCCUCCCAGGGAAGUGAGCAGAUCAGCCAAGUCCACAUGGACAGUUGCAGACCAAACGUUCAGGAAGCGCUUGCUCCCCCCCUGGUGCUCCUACCUGGCUCAUGGCAUCAGCCUCCUGCUCUUCGCCACCUCCACGGGGGUCUCCGUGUGGAUCGGGGUGGGCUUUUCCUCCAGCGUGGCCCUCAUGUGGCUCAUCUCAGGGAUAUUCAGCUUUCUGGCAUCCUUCCUGGUCUGGGAGCCCCUGAAGGUGCUGCUGGAGGCCCUGUACUUCUCCCUGGUUGCCAGGCGCCUGCACCCCGAGGAGGACGACACGCUGGUGGAGCAGCCCUGCGUGGAGCACGUGUCGGAGAAGAUCAGCAAAGUCCGUCCCCCGCAGGGCUUCGCCCUCUUCCAAGCCAAGGAGGAGGCCAGGAAGGUCAAACUGCUGCACAGGAUGCUGAAGAAUUUCCUCAUCUACAUGAUGUUCUUACUGGUGAUCCUGCUCACCAACUACGGAGACUCGUCCCGCACCAGCCGGGCCUUCCUCCUGCAGAGCUCCAUCAAGCAGCAGCUGGGCAGCAACGAAUUCCUCCUCAUCAAGAGGUCGGAUCAGUUCUGGCUCUGGAUGUCGCGGGUGUUCCUCCCGUACCUGCACAACAACGGCUCGGGCCAGGAGAGCCGCAGCACCACGCUGGGCAUGGCCCGGCUGCGCCAGCUCCGCCUGCAGGAGGCCGAGUGCCAUGCCCAGGACAUCCUGCCCGGCGUGGGCAGGGCCUGGAGGAGCUGCACUGACCAGCACAGCUUUGCCACCGCUGACUACGGCACGGGCUGGGAGAGGGCAGGCGGGAACGUGACAGCGGCGUGGGCCCACUCCCCACCCGACCUGGCAGGGAUCUGGUACUGGGGUUACAUGUCCUUCUACGACAGCAGCGGGUACGUGCAGGAGCUGGGCCCUUCACUGGAGGAGAGCCGGGCCCAGCUGGAGUUCCUGCAGCAGCACACGUGGAUCGACAACAUGAGCCGGGCAGUGUUUGUGGAGCUGCUGCAGUACAACCCCAGCGUGGACCUGCACGUGGCCAUCACCCUGCGCCUGGAAUUCCCGGGAUCCGGCCAGGCCAUCGCCGCCCUCACCAUCAGCCCCUUCCCGCUGCUGCGGCUCAGCGGGGGGGUCACGCUGCAGCUCCUCAUGAUGGUGUUCCUCAUGAUGUUUGUGGUUUACUUCGUGGUGUCGGAGUCGCUGUCCAUCAAGAAGGAGGGCAGAGCCUACUUCACCCACUGGGGCAACUACGGCCAGUGGCUCUUCAUCCUGCUCACCAUGAGCACCGUGGUGGUUCACCUCAGCCAGGCCACCCUCGCUGACCAGCAGUGGCUCAAGUACCUCAACAACCGCAGGGGCUUCACCAACUUCUACCAGGUGGCCUUUCUCAGCUCCGUGUUCAGCAGCCUGGCCGCGUCCCUGCUCUUCCUCCUGACUGUGCAGGCUGCCAGGCAGCUGCGGUUCGUCAGGCAGUGGUCAGUGUUCGGGAAGACCUUCCAGAAGUCGGCCAAGGAGCUCGUGGCUGCAGGGAUGGCCUUCGCCCUCCUCCUCCUGGCCUACGCCCAGCUCGGCUUCCUGCUCUUCUCCUCCUCCUCCGAGUCGUUCCGCAGCGUGGGCAGCAGCCUCCUGCUGCUGCUGGCCCUGCUCCGGGGCAGCGGGAGCCUCCGGCCCUGCCUGCCCGAGGCCUCGGGGCUCUACUGCCUGUUCUGCACCAGCUACGUCGUCCUGGAGGUGUGGGUGGUGCUGAGGCUGCUCACGGUGGUGCUGAUCCACAGCUACCGUGAGAUGCACUUCGAGCUGUACCGUCCUGCCUUCGAGCCCCAGGACUACGAGAUGGUGGAGCUGUUCGUGCGCAGGCUCAAGAUGUGGAUGGGCUUCAGCAAGGCCAAGGAGUUCCGGCACAAGGUGAGGUUCGAAGGGAUGGAGCCGCUGCCCUCCCGAGACUCCAGCGACUCCAAGUCCUUCCGGGGCCCCACUCCCAGCGCUGCCUCCGACAGCUCCAGGGCCUCCACGUCCUCCAGCCAGCUGGACGGGCUGAGCCUCGUGCUGAGCACCCGGGACAGCCUGGAAGUGGACGCCGACAUCCAGCGCCUACUCUCGCUCUUCGAGAUGCUGCUGGCCCAGUUCGACCGCGUCAACCAGGUGACGGAGGACGUGUCUCGCAUCGAGCUGCUCCUGGAGGGCUCCCGGAGCCGCCGCUCCUGGAGGAGGCCCCGCGGCCCCGAGGCCGGGCCGGGCAGGGGCUGUGCAGGUGGUUCGGAGCAGGGACCCUCCCCCGAGGUGUCGGACACGGACGUGCAGCCCCCGCUGUCCCCGCGCGGGGCCGGGGCCGUGCCGGGCGGCCGGGGCUCGGUGCCCGGCCGGCUCCUGCGGGCGAGCCGAGGCGCCAGCGCGGUGGCCCCGGGCAAACCCUGCGCUGCGGCCGCGCCGGCCGUCAGGAGGAAACGGCCCCUCCGCGCCAAGAACAGGGUGCACCCCACGGUCAAGUAACGGGGCGCGGGAGCGGUGCCCGGGCAGGGCACGGGGAGGGGUUCGCCCAGGGUGGGCUGUGCCCACCCUGCAGCCUCGGGAGCUGCCCGGCGGCUGGGCCGGCCGGGACACACGGGGCUCUCCCGCCACGCCGCUGGCACGGCCACGGCCUUCCCGGACCCCAUGGCCUUCCCGGACCCCAUGGCCUUCCCGGACCCCACGGCCUUCCCGGACCCCACGGCCUUCCCGGACCCCACGGCCUUCCCGGACCCCACGGGGGCAUUCCAGUGUUACAGAGCGGGGGACGAGGCCGAGCCUUUCCCCUGGGGCCGGGCAGGUGCAGGAGAUCCCGCUUGGAGCGGGCACCAGGGUGGUGACGGGGUGCGGGCACUGGGGGAGCGGGACAAAGCUCAGCCCCUUCCCUGCUGGCUGUGCCGGAUGGGAAAGGACGGGAGAGCCCCAGGCCUGGAGAGUUUGAACCAAGUCUUGGAUUUUUGUCGACCAGACGCACUGUGGAGGAAAGCGACAGCUUUCGAGAAGGUAUUUAACCCACCUUGUUUUUUAAGCAUAAAUAGAUAUAUAGAUAAAUGCUAUCUACGCCCAGAUCAGUUAAUUUCCAGUAUUGGCUACUUUUAUCCUCCAGAAAUUGGUACUAUUAUUUGUAUUUAAAGAAAUCCAAUAUUUAAAACAAAGGACAUUGGAAGCUCCAGCGAGCUCGGCCAGGCUGGGGGGAACAGGGAGCAGCAGCUCAGCCCAAGGGCUUUAAGACCCCGGAGCUGCUCCAACCUCCUCCAAUUUGGGGCUCCUGAGGUGCUGGUGUCACCGUGGUCCCCACCUGUCCCUGUCCCCCCGCCGUGGCUCCUGGGCUCAGCUGGCUGCUUGGCUUCUCUAACCCAAGGAAUGUAUUGCCCUAAGUAUAUGUAUUUUUUUGGUUUACUUGUUCCUAUGUACUGCCCAGCACUUUAAACAAGGCUUUCCUCGGCUACAGUGACACGUGCGAGCUAAGAACGGGAUAAUAUAUCACAAAAGCAGUAUUUUGUUUGUUUAAAUCAUAAGCUGAAAUGGGCAGUGAGGAGGAGAGCGCAGCCCCUGCUCAGGCAGCACCUUCCCUACAGCACAAAGGAGGCAGGUGAAGCCCUGAAGGAGCUUUUUUGGGGUCCCUCCAGCCCUGCCCCCCCGGGACUGGCCGUGUGCUGGGCUACAGCUGCUGGGCUACAGCUGAGCUGGGCCACGGGGCACCCCCAGCUCACAGCACGGGGGUGCAGAGCAGGGCCUGGCCCCCUCCGGGGUCUGCCCUCCCCUCCUCAGCCCCAUUUCACCUUAUGGCUAUUGUAAGUAAUUUAUAUGGGGUGUGUUUGGUUUUUAAAUGUAUAUAUUUUUGUAUGUUUGCUAUAUUUUCAUAGCAUCGGUACCGUGUUCGAAACAUGUAGAUAGGAGACAGAAUACUAUUGUCAGAGUUAUUUAAAGGAUGUAUUAAGUGCUUCUUCCUGGGAAUGUCCCGUGUAUAUAAGGAUGGGGUGUCUGUGUGUGUGUGGUGCGUGUGCUCUCCUGGCUGAGGGUCGGCCGGGCUGGCUCAGGGCAAGGGGGGGAAGCCCCCAGGGGAUUCCUCCGUGUCUUCCAGAACCUGCUCCAGGCUUUGGACAGGCCAGAGGGUGGAAGGGAAGGCUCAGGUGGGCAGUGCUGCAGGGGAGGUGCCUCUGAUGCUCCUGGAAGCACCUUCCCAUGGCAGGGGAGACCAUUCCAGGCAGAGAGAGGGGUCUCCCCUGGCACUUCCAUUGCUCCAUCACCUGCUGAGCCUCCCAUCCAGCCCCAGCUGUGCUGGAUACUUUUUAAGAUUUCAUUCCAUGAUCCAUGUGCUUCCUUGGCUCCUUGGCCACAUCCUGUCUGGGUGGCUGCAGGACAGUGGGUGCUCUGUGAUGGCUUUAGGACAGGUCUAAGUUACCUUUGGAAAACUCAGGUGCUGUGCAGGACAGAUGCUGUGGAAAGGUUGCAGAGGGAUGAGGGCAGGAGAAGAGAGAGGGGAUCAGUUAAAGUGAGCUGGUGGUUGGUCAGCGUGGAGGUGUUGGAAGAGCAGCUGGCACAGAGAAGUGGAGUGUAGAGGGGAAAUCCAAUCCUGGUAACCAGGACAUGCUGGUAAUGGCAGGAAAGGCAGGUGGGAGAUGACAGAGAAAGUCAGAGGGAGGAUCCCUGCUCAGGGCAGGAGGUGCCUGGAGCAGGCAGAGCCAGCACUUCGUGGCUGAGCCCAGGGCUGGGGCCAGGUGUUGGUCAGCUUUGUGCUCUGUGCUCCAAAAAACCCCCUGGUUUUCUAGCCAGAGAUGUAAAACUGUUGGCCCUGGAUUUUUUGUUCCUUUAACUUCCCAGGCAGCUGGCUCUGCUCUGGCAGAUGUCCCUGACUUAUUUGGUGACAAUGCCAGUGCAAGCCCUGUGCCCCAAUCCCCAAGGCAGUAACAGGAGCAGGGGUGAGGUGUCCCAGGGUCCUGGAAUGUGUCCCUGCAGCUGAUCAUGGCACAGGGCUGGGUCACAUCCAGCUCCUAAGCUCCUUGCUCCACUCACAGCUGCUCUGGCACAGCCACGUGGGGGUAGAUCCAGCCACCCCCAAGGGCCCUGUGGGAAUGUUUAGUGAUUGAAAUGAACCAAAUGAACCAAGCAGGUCUUGGAAAUCUCUUGAGGAGCCAAAAAUUUCAGUUCACGACCCAGAGUUUAGUUCUCAGCUUGAGUAUCCUCAUUGAAAGAGGUCGGUGGUAGGAGUGAAGUGCAUGAAGGAGACAUGGAGGCAAGAGGGGUGAGAGGGCCCCAACUGCUUGGAGCAGCCCUUCCUAAGCUAAAGGGGAAGCUGUAAGAAGGACACUCCCCAAAUCCAUCAGGAGUUUUGUUCCCAAGUGCCUGUUCCUUACCAAGCUUGCCCUCUGUGUGUGUGUGUGUGUGUGUGACUUGAUGUGUGUGACUUACCAAGUGCUUCUUCUAAUCAAAGAGGAGCAGAAAUGGGAUCAGACAACUGCCCUCCCUCUGUCCUUCCCUGGAAGAAGGGAGAGCAGCUCUGCCCCCCACAGUUGUUCCCUGAAGAGCCCAAACCCUCUGUGGUGGGCAGCACCCACAGCUUCCAGCACUCACAGUUCUCAGAGCAGCAGUUCCUUGUUCCAGCAUCCCAGGGUCCCCUCAGUGUCCCAGCUAAGGCACAGCUGCAGCCACAGGGACUCCAGUCAGGAGUCACACCCUCACAGCAAUAAACUUGACUGGCAGCCCUCGCCAGUAAAUCCCCCUGAAUGUAUAUUUCUGUGCCUGUAGUCACCAAGAGAUGGUUUCUUAUUUAUUGUCGUCAAUCUCACAACGAUGCAUCAGGAUCAAGCUGCUUCAGUGAAAAACAAAACCCCGAUCCGUCGGUUCCAAGGGACAGGGAGGGACUUCUGUAAGUGCCUUUUGUCUUUUUUUAAAAAGAACAGUGAUUGUGACCAAAAUGCCAAUGGUUCAGCAUUUCACUGCAAACAAAAAUGGUGUGUUUUGUAACUGUGGGGAUGCUUCUUAAAAACUGACAAGGUCAAAUAAACACUGACUGCUACAA